GAUUCUCUAGAGUUUGGUUUCUCUCUACGAGUUAGGAACGUGCAGGAGAACAGGAGAGAAUGGCCAAGGCUCCUUCCCGGCCGCGUCUCCCUGCAUGACCAAGCGUGUGGAAGUGACGGGGCGUGGUGGUGAUAGUGGUGGAGGGGAAGGAAUAGGUGCUCAAGAUCUUUAAGGUGACAAGGCAGCGUACACCUAACCUCGCACCAAGUAAUACCUGCCCAAUCUCAGCCAUUAAGAAGGAAUAAAGAGACUGACGCUGGUUAUUCGGUUAGAUUAGUGGCUUUUGAGUAUCUGAGUCAUAAAAAUCAAGCGUGUGAAGCGUGUGUUAAGCCUUAGCGGUGAAGCAACUCCACGAUUCUGUGACGUGAGAGUUGCUGCCUCGACAUUCCAGUAGACAAAAGGAGACUGAGAAGUGUGCAAGUCAACAUCAAAUGCAUUCCGGCUUCCCUAAAACCUGUUCCGGCUUGGCAGUGGGUUUUUCUUGAAGCAGGACCCUAUUUAACGUUCCCGCACACUGCCCUUGUUGCUUCUUGCGUCGCGUCACUGCGCAGGGGAAGAAACCUACAGUUCCCUGACACAAGAGAGGUUAGCCUGCCACUCCAGUCGCGCGCCUCGCCUCACCACCACGCAAUCUCACCCGCACAAACGUCCCCUGCAGCAACUAACAAUAGAAAACGUAGAAUCCCCCAGAAAUCUCAGCGCAGUCUGCUAACGGAGGAACAAGAACAAGUGACAACAAACAAUACUACCUUCAAACAUCGUGCUUUUAUCAUUCAAUAAGUAUACACACCAGACGGCAAUAAGAGUGACCUUGAACGCGUAACUUAGUGGAACAACGGGGUAAGUGAGUGGAGGGAGUGAGGGCGACAGUGAAAGCCAAUUUGAGCCACUGCAGACGACGAGCUGGACGGAAUGGAGCUGACAAGGUCGACAGAGGGGCUGCAGUCAACUCUCGCCGCCGCCAACCUGAGCGAGGUGGUGAUGAUGGGGUGUACACAGGAGGUGCUGGACUUCGAGCCUUCAUGCAUGGAGUUCCUGGAAGCCAUGGGCACUCCAGGCUGGGUGCUGCUAGGACUGGCCACCAUCGCCUACUUGAUCCUCCUGGCAGUGUUCUACGAUACCGUCAAACACGUCAUCCAGCACUGCCACGUGCAACACAAGGAGACCACUGCUAUUGUGUUGACAGUGUACCCGGUCCUCGGUCUCUGCAGUUACCUCGGUUUACUCUUCCAAAAAGCGAACUUAUUUCUGGACGCCGCCGCUCAGCUUUGGUUCGCCUUCUGCAUGUACCAGUUCUUCACUAUGACCCUCAAGUACUUCGGGGGCGAGACUCGGUUCGUGACCAAAACUAGUGGUCUUGCGCUUCCCUGGAGGAGCCCGCCUUGCUGCUGCUGGCCGUGCUGCAUCUUCCUGUGCCCAAAGGAAACUGUUAAUAAGCGACAGAUCCGCUUCGUAAAGAUCUUGGUGUUGCAGCAUCAGUGGGUUCAGCUGGUGCUCUCCAUUAUUGGCCUCACGAUGUGGCUGGAAGGAUGGUACGUAAACAUGAGCGUGAAGCCAGAUAACGCAUACAUCUACUUGUACAUCAUCUCCACCGUCUCCUUCUCCUUUGGACUUUGGGGCUUCAUCGUGGGCUUCAAGGCGUCCCUGCGGCAGCUUCAGGAGUUCCAUUACACCCCCAAGAUCGUCACGUUUCAACUGUGUCUCGUGUUUCUGCGCCUCCAAACUCUGAUCGUUAAUUCCAUCCUGGUACCGACGGGCGCCAUCCCCUGCCUGCCACCCCUCUCCCCUCGUGUCUUUGCCAAUGUCAUCCUCAACUCUCUUCUGCUGGGACAACUUUUGAUCCUGGUGAUCGUAGCCCGGCACUACUACAAGCUACCGACACCCCUGAUGGUGACUCUCUCCCCUGACGGCGUGGUGGAGGAUGAAAAGAAACAGGUCCCCCUCAAAGAAAACGGAAACUUUAAGGGAGUUAAGGUGGAGGGAGCGAAGGAAGGUGGGCCGCUUGUAGUGCAGAAGAAUGGCUUGAUUGAAAAGACUACAGAGUGAUAAGAUUCUUGAGUUAUCUGGUGAUUUUUGUUGUAUUUAUUGUUGUACUCUCUCUCUCUCUCUCUCUCUCUCUCUCUCUCUCUCUCUCUCUCUCUCUCUCUCUCUCUCUCUCUCUCUCUCUCUCUCCCCUUUUCCUCUUUCUUUGUGUUCUAUUAUACUAGUAAUGUGUUCAUUCCAACACAACACACACACACACGCACACGCACACACACACACACACACACACACACACACACACACACACACACACGCGCGCGCGCGCGCGACCGAGGUGAAUCACACACACCUUGCCAUUUCUUAUAUAGAUACAUAUAGGUCACAGAAGUAGUUUUAAAUUAUCAAAAAUCAUUUAUAACUUUAUAAGAGAAAUUUUUGUAUAGGUACUUAUUUUUUGCACGUUUUGUUUAUAAUGUAUAAUGUUUACACUAAUUUUUGUAUGAAAUCUUGUCUGCUGUGAUUUUAUGUUAUUGUAAUCAUAUACAUAUGACAUGUGUUUUGAAUUCUGUAAUGAGAAUUAUAAUUUUGGAUUAAAUAAAACAAAAGUUACACA